CUCAACUCGAGUACUGGUUGGAGGAAACAUUUCUCGACUCUGACCUGCUUUUUUCCUUCUCCUCUGCAGGUGGCAGGGCGGGUAGAACGUACAUGUCAUCCACUUCAUUUCUCCUCACACUAGAAAGGCUGGGUAAAGGCUCCUUACUGCAGUGGGGGACAGAAGUGAGGAAUAUUUCAGAUUGGACUUCAGCAGAUUUCUGUGAAAACAUUUCCCACUGCUGCUCACCUAUGAUCUCCAAGUGCAGCUUUGAUAGCAUGUCUCUUCAGGAACGUCCUCAGAAGUUUCUCAUUGGUCUGUUUGGACUGACUGGUCAGCUCCUCUUUCCUCUGCCUCCUCAGAGCCUGCACAGGAAAGACUCCAUGUUAUUAAACCAGCUUGAAGAACCGCCAGGCUAUAAAUAAAGUCCCGUCUGCGCCACCAUGGCUGCUGUUGCUGUUGGAAGAGGUUCUGCCGUCGGGCCUAUUCGAGGAGCAGGCGAUGGGAUGGAAACUGAAAAGUCACCAGCCAUACUUGAAGUCGUCACAGACGCCCCGCCGACGCUUUUACCUGAACUUCCUCUCCUCAAAGUAGCUAGCCCAAAGCACAACCCAAAACCUACGCAUGUCACACAUCCCACUGCCCCACAGCCUCUUGGGGUACUUCAUCUGGGAAAAGUCCAGAGAGAGGCAUGUACAGAAGUGGAAGCUGUUAGGAUCAUUGUGCCGCGAGCUGCUAUCUCUCGGAGCGGCCGAGUGGCAACAUCUGAAGGGAAAGACGAGGCGGGACAGCAGGCCGAAGAGCAGGGCCCUCCUCUGUUGGUGGAGGACUGGAGAGGGCAGCUGGAGAAGCUGCAGAACUCUGAACGCCGGCUUCUGCAGGACAAAGAAGGGCUUUCCAAUCAGCUCCGUGUGCAGACAGAGGUGAACCGGGAACUUAAGAAACUGUUGGUAGCAUCCAUGGGUGAUGACCUUCAGUACCAGUUUGAGCGCCUUGCGCGGGAGAAAAACCAGCUCAUCUUGGAGAACGAGGCUUUAGGCCGAAGUCUUGCGCACACUGCAGAGCAGCUGGAACGCAUGAGUAUCCAGUGUGAUGUCUGGAGGAGCAAGUUCCUGGCCAGCAGAGUCAUGGCAGAGGAACUGACAUAUGCCAGAGCAGCUCUACAGAGGCAAAUCAGGGAGGCCCAAGGAGCAAUUCAGGACCUGCUACUGGAGAGGGAGGAGUUCUCCAGGGACAUGGUGCUCAGCCACAGAUCCCUGGAACAGCUCCUGGUGUCCUUGCAGUGGGGCAGACAACAGACAUACUACCCCAGUGCACAGCCGCUUAGCUUCGGUGAGCUGGCUGCAGCCAAUCACAAGCUAGCAGACGCCAUUAACUCCCAUCUAUUGGGCAAAAACGACACUAAAAGCAACACUGGGAAGAGCAGCGGUGCACCAGCAGAGCAGCUCUGCAGCACGCCAGCAGAGAAGAUGGCUGAGAAGGUGCUGAAGGUGUUGAAUCCAAUUUCUUGUUCAGAAAACAAGGAAGAACCUCCUCUCUGUGAAUCCCCCUCUCCAAACUUUCUGAACAGUAAGAAGAGCAUCGGCAGGUUUCAUCCUUAUACCCGCUAUGAGAACAUAACCUUCAACUGCUGUGAGCGCUGCACCGGGGACAUCAUAGUAUUAUAAACCUCAUUGGACACACAGAGCAUCAGUCCGUUUUGUUUUUCUGUGAAAAACUUGUCAGACUACUGGUGUAGCUGUUUUAUUGCAUGGUUCGAUCCUGUCAUUUCAGUUAACAUAAAAAAGGAAUUAGGGAAGAAAUUUUAGCCCAAUAUCAACCAUGUUUAAAACUAGAUGAGGGAGUCAGUGUUAUGAUGUGACUGCCAGCUCAGUUUUAUCUGUAAUAUUAAGCUGGAAUUGAUGUUUCUUAACAGCUUUCUUCGUACUGCCAUGAGCUUUUAGGUGAGGAGGCAGAUGCAAGGGCUUGCACAUAAAAAAGUGUGUGCAUCUUUUUAUUAAGGCUGCUUUUUUUUGUUUUUGUGAUGUUUUAGUUUAGUUUUUUUGGAGGGGGGGCGAGUAGGAUGCUUUAAAAUCAGUAAUAACACUCAGCAGAUUCAGUGUUUUAAAGGUGAACUGAUGCUACUAUGAUGUGCAGUUUUGCUGAAAUGUCAGAUACCUUUUUUUUCUGGAAUACACUAUGUAUUUGCUACUUAUAUACUGCAGUAUUUAAAUAAAUACUAUACCUGCUGUAUAGUAUUUAGUUUUGUUUCAUCCCUCUUGAAAUGUAGUUAUAGGUGUGAUUUCAGUUACCAUGAAACUGUUUCAAAACAUUAUUUAUGAAUCUUUUUGAUUUCUGUCAGACAAAAAAUAAAGACCAAAGAAGUUUCUACCUUUUUAAUAAAA